UCCUAAUUUGUAUGUACUCUUCAGAAAACUGGCCUUAAACAAACCCUCUUCAUCACCUCAGAUUCAGUGGUCAUGAACUCCUUAAGAAGCUUUGCAAAGCACCCCAUCAUUUCUCUGGUAGAAUCAGACACCACGCUCAAAGAGCUGAAGCAAAUCCACACCCAACUGCUGCUAAACGGUGUUCUUAACGACCCUCACCUCCUGGGACAAUUCGUAGCCACUGCAGCCCUCAAAAACCACGACAAUCUUGAUUAUUCCAACCAAGUUCUGGACCACUGCGAGAACCCUACCCUCUUCGCCUUAAACUCUAUGAUCAGAGCCCACUGCAAAAGCUCAACCCCUCAAAAGAGUUUUCACUUCUACAACAGAAUUCUCCACUCUAAUAACAAUGUCUCACCCGAUAACUACACCUUCAAUUUCUUGGUUCGUACGUGCGCGCAGCUUUUGGCGCGUGAGACGGGUCCGUCUGUACAUGGCGCGCUAAUAAAACAUGGGUUUGAGCACGACCUGCAUGUUCAAAGUGGGUUAAUUUUCAUGUACGCUGAACUGGGUUGCUUGAGCUCAUGUCAUCGGGUGUUCGGAGAAAUUCCUGACCCAGAUUUAGUGUGUCAGACGGCUAUGGUGAGCGCUUGUGCGAAAUGUGGUGAUGUUGGUUUUGCAAGGAAGCUGUUUGAGGUAAUGCCUCAGAGGGACCCCAUUGCGUGGAAUGCGAUGAUUGCAGGGUAUGCGCAGAGUGGGAAGUCGAGGGAGGCAUUGGAUUUAUUCAAUUUGAUGCAAAUUAUGGGUGUGAGGGUCAAUGAGGUGUCUAUGGUUUCGGUUUUAUCCGCGUGUACCCACUUGGGUGCAUUGGAUCAAGGGAGAUGGGCGCACGCAUAUAUAGAGAGAAACAAGCUAAGGAUGACAGUGACGCUGGGGACUGCUCUGAUGGACAUGUAUGCGAAAUGUGGAAACGUGAAUAAGGCCAUGGAAGUUUUCUGGGGAAUGAAGGAAAAAAAUGUGUAUACUUGGACUAGUGCCGUGGGUGGGCUAGCCAUGCAUGGAUUUGGUGAGAAGUGUCUUGAACUUUUUUCCCUCAUGAAACAAGAAGGGGUUCGGCCCAAUGAGGUCACUUUUGUUUCUGUUCUUAAAGGUUGUAGUGUGGUUGGACUGGUCAAAGAAGGUCGUGAGCAUUUUGAGUCAAUGAGCAAAGUGUAUGGUAUUGAGCCUCAGCUCGAGCACUACGGAUGCAUGGUGGAUUUAUAUGGUCGAGCUGGCCGCUUACAUGAAGCCUUAAACUUCAUAAAUAACAUGCCUGUGAAGCCUCAUUCUGGCGCUUGGGGAGCUUUGCUAAAUGCUUGUAGAAUGCAUAAAAAUAUGGAACUGGGUGAACUUGCCUCAAGAAAGAUAGUGGAGCUGGAGGCCAAGAAUCAUGGUGCUUAUGUGCUCCUGUCCAAUAUGUACGCUGAUUCCAAGAACUGGGAAGGGGUUGAUAGUGUGCGAGAGAUUAUGAAGGCCAAAGGUGUGAAAAAGCUCCCUGGUUGUAGUGUUAUAGAGGUUGAUGGUGAAGUUCAUGAGUUCAUUGUUGGGGAUAAGACCCACCCUAGGCAUGAAGAAAUUGAGAUAAUGUUGGCAGAGAUCUCAAAGCGGCUGAAACUAUCAGGUUAUGUGGCUAACACCAACCCUGUGCUGUUCGAUAUAGAAGAGGAAGAGAAAGAGGAUGCUUUGUGUAAACACACUGAGAAGGUAGCCAUUGCUUUUGGUUUGAUCACUUUGAAGGAAGGUGUACCCAUUAGGAUUGUGAAGAACCUUAGGGUUUGUUGGGAUUGUCAUGAAGUAACGAAAAUGAUAUCUAAAACUUUUGACAGAGAGAUUAUUGUGAGAGACAGGAAUAGGUUUCACCAUUUUAAAGAUGGUGACUGUUCUUGUAAGGGCUAUUGGUGAAACAACUCACUCUCCUUCCCCCUUCAUUUGUUCAAAGGUAAUAAUGUACUCACCUUUAAAGAUUGAUAAAUUCUUUACUUCUAUUUUUACUCCU